CCUGGUGCUUCCUGGAGGACGGAGUGGUCCUUGUGCGCACGCGCGGCCUCUAGGCGAGUGAGGGGGGCUCUCGUUAUGCCUGUCUCGCGGGAGACGAGGGCCAGAGAGUGGAGCGCGGCGGCCAUCUUCUCCCCCGCAGGCUGAGCAGAAACGCUGCCGGAACCUCGGGGCUCGCGAGCUGCAGAGGACCGCCGGCCGCUCCUCCCUCUCCGGCCGAGGAGCAGCCCCUGAGCGGCGGGGCUCCGCGGAGGCCCGGUUAGUCUGGGGGAGGCUGGCGAGGGCGGCCGGAGGAGUGUGGCCGGGGCUCCUUCGGGAGGGAGGCUGGGAGGGCCCCGCGUGAGCCAGGCUUGGUCCGAGGAGGAGGAGGAGGAGGGCCCUUGGGCGCCUGGAUCGUGGAGGCGGGCCUCUUCGGAGGAGCUGCCCAGGAAGAGGACGCGGGGCUGAGGCCGAGCAUCUCUUCGGGUUCCGCCAGCGAGGCUUCCCUGCUCCUGGAGCCCUUCGCUGGGAAAGAAGAGGUCUCUGCUCCGCUCUCGACCCAAGGACCCCUGCCUUCGUCAGAAAGGGCCCGAGGAGGCCCUGCUUUAGGAGGAACGGAGUCCGGGGAUUCCAGGGGAUGGGCUGGGCCCUUCGCCCCUCGGAACAGGGGCCUCUUUCCGAGGAGGAUUCAGGGCUGAAGGGCUGGAAAGCCUUCCUUAACGGGAGGAGCUCUUCUGGGGAUGUGUGACUGUAAUCCUAGGAUCCUCCUGCUUUCCACCGACAUCAAUCCUCGGCAGGAAGAACUGGGUAAAAGAACAGGCAGAAUUCGUUGCUUCAUUCCCUCCGCAGCCCUUCUUCCUCGAGGCUCCCGACUCACAAGGAAGCCCCCCGAACUGCAUGAGAUCUGGGUCCAAGUCCAUCGGUUUCAGGUCUCAGCCUAAACAUCUCGCUUGGUGUUGCAUCUCUUUGGCAUCGUUACUCUUUUAAGAAACUGCUCAUAUGGCCUCUCAGUGGUUUUGGUAUGGCUUUGCUUUGUAUGUCAGCUGUGGAUUUAGCUGCUUGCAGGUAACAAUUCAAACCAAAGACAUGACAACCUUUUCAGCAAGGAAGAGUAAACAUUUCUUCCAUGCUGAAUGGUGUGCUUUUAUCAUUGGUGUUUGUGGGAAAUCUCUGGUGGCCAGGAGCAUUCGGAAUAACUAGUUCUGUCGCAUUUGUUGCCAUACUUUUGUAUAGUGUAACAUUGCUGCUGCAUUGAGUUUGUGAGUAACCAGUCCUUGGACAUCUCUCUUCAGAUGACUGGAAACGUUGCCAAUGACUUAUGUGCGAUGUAGAUUGAACUCCUUGAAAACCAAUGGAUCAGACAUGUCAAACUAGGCGAGAAAGAGAUCCAGACUGGCAUUGUACAAUAAGCAUUUGACGUGGCAAGGCUCACGGUCUUUGGCUUUUGGGGUCUUGUUCAUCAGCCACAGAUGGCUUCUGUUCUUGUAGUAAUCUUCUGUUAGUAGAAGAUUUAAGCUGAAAUAGUCCUUUGUGAAGUAUUAGAGGUACUGUAUUAUAUGAUUUCAGUAAGCUCCAGUGAACUCGGUGGGCCUUACUUCUAGGUGAACUUGCAUAGCAUUCAGCCGCACUGUUUUAUUGUGGUCUCUUUUACUCAUUCCUUAAAUCUUUUCUCAGUUUUGUAGUACGUUGUGUACUUGGUUUUGUGGCAUGUCCUUGUUCUAAGCUACAGAGGUGUUGUAAGAUUAUGUUGUAUUCUUCCGAAUUCGUGGCUUAAUGGCAAACGUUUGUGAGAGAACUGGAAUGAACAUUAUCAGUACAUUUUCCUUGGAUUUCUGAUUUUGGGAUUUGUUUAUUGGGAAAAGCUUUUAGUAAACAGAAACAUUUUUUAUGCAACUAAAACAUACGAAGAAAAACAAACCAAACAAACACUAACAAUUACCAUAAACUGAAGCUACUGAACUAAAACUAACAAAUAUUACUGGUUUCCCCUGCCUAACUAAUGGAUACAUUUAUUGUCUGCCUUCAAGUUGUUUCUGACUUGGGGUGACCCUAAUGCGACAAGUCAUGAGGUUUUUCUGGGGCUGAGAGCGUGUGGCUGCCCAGGAUCACUCAGUGCUUUUCCAUGGAUGAGUGGGGCAUCGAAUCCUGGUCUCUAGUUGUGGCCCAACGCUCAAACCACUACACCAUGAUGGCUCUCAAUGGAUGUAUACCACUUAUACUUCCCUCGUAUGAUAUUAUAUUUAUGUGUUCAGAAUAUACAAAACUUCACUUAUUUAAUAAAGCUUUUAAUUGAUUCAUAUCCCAAAUUUAAGUACAAAUAAACAAUACAAUUUUAACAAUUUCUUUAAAUUAUUCAAAGUUUUCUCUUUGAUCAACAUUGCCAAUUUGUGCAUCGGCCAGUUCAGUUGCCUUCAUCACCCAGUCUCUUUGUGUAGGAAUAGCAGUGGUUUUCCAGAUUUCAGCAUAUAUUGUUCUUGCAGCAAUGUCCUUUCAUACUUCUCAAUUUGGUUGUCCAGUAAGAAAAUAUCUGGCGUAAACUGUAUCUUCACUUUCAAAUUAUCUUCCACCACACAGUGAAUCCGAGUGCAAUAUUUCUUUGUUUCAUCACAGCUCCACUGCAUAUGAAAAAGGCCAUCUCAUUACAUCUCCAGCAUUUGAGAUGUUUGUAUAUAUUUUAGAUAACCUAUACCAUCUAUACUUCAUUUUAUAAAAAUUCUCUCUUAGGCUAUAAAACAAUGAAAACUUCAAAUUCUUUGUUCACAUCUUUUCUCAUUGCUUCAUCUGAAUUGGAGAGCUACUAUUUUGAGCCCCCUUUUAACCAUACAUUUUUAUAUGUUCCUCUUCUGUUUCAAAUGUCAACAACAUUUAGCAGUUAAAUAAUAGACUCAUAGAGUUGGAAGAGACCAUAAGGGCUGUCCAGUUCAACCCUCUGCCAUGCAGGAACACAUAAUCAAAGCACCACUGACAGAUAGCCAUCCAGCUUCUCUUUACACACCUCCAAAGAAGGAGACUCCACCGCACCAUGGGAGUGUGCUCCACUAUUGAACAGCUCUUACUGUCAGACAUUGUUUCCCAGCGGAGAAGGUUCAAUCCUCCUGCCCCUCACACUGCCACCAGAGCGAGUCCUUAUGCAGCCUGGCCCAGGGGGUCCACUACACCCCCCACACAUAGUCAGGAGUGCCCCAACCUCCCCUGACAGCAGACCCACCUCAGCAGCCACUAGCCAGGCAACCACCCAAAGCCCCCCCAUGCACCUGGGAGCGAUCCUGUCUCUGACAGAUCUGGCCACACCCGCCACCGCCAACACCAAGACGGCCUGGUUAGUAUCUGGAGCAGCAGCAAACAGGCUUGCUUCAUCUUCAACAUGACAUCCCUUCAAAUAGUUCAACAGGGCUAUCACAUGACCUCUUAACCUUCUCUUCUCCAGGCUAAACCUACCCAGCUCCCUAAGUCAAUCCUCAUAGGGCAUGGUUUCCAGGACACAGUACAUCAUCAGUACAUGGUUGGACUUCAAACUUUGAUCUAGUUGUUUAAAACUGUUGCAUUUUUAUAUCCAUUUAAAAUAUUUUAUUUAAUUGUCAGUUUAAAAAGCUUAUUUAGUACAUCUCCUUCAGAUUCUAGCUCCUCUCUUUGUUUUCAAUCUACAUUGGUUAUUUUCUAUUAUCAACAAAUCCUUCAAUCCAUCAAUCUGAGUUUCAGCUUCUGUAUACUGACUUUGUUCAUCUUGAAAAAUCAGUUGUGCUCUAUAUCUGUAAUUUACAUAGAUUACAACCCCUUUCUCCCCCCCCCCCCCCGAGAGUGUUGAAAUAUCUAGUUUAGGAUUUUUCAAAAGUAUUUCUUCUUUUUGAUGGAUACAUAUCGCUUGCAAGCAAAUGACAUCAUAUCUUAAUUUCUUCAAGUAAUGUCUGUCUUCUUUUCAGGGAAUGUGUACCAGACACAUUCUGGUGUUUUCCAUCUGCAGUCUUACUGUUUCUGAGAUAUGCCCUUUUCCUCACCUAAUUCUUCAGGGCCACCAUCAUCAUUUGAUUCUGCCCAAACUUUUGCUUCUUUGGGAAUUGCAUCUUCCUCCUUCUUGAUAUUCUUUUUAUAUUUCUUCAAAAACUCCCUUGCUUUCUGCACACCACUCAUCCUAAUUCUUCUUCAUCUAAACAAAAGUGAUACAUCUUCUGGUUUCUCUCAGUUCAAUGCAAUAUCCGUUGCUCUAUCUGUCAAGAAGGUAUAUUCUCUUUUUCUUCUCCCCCCCCCUUCAAAAUUCUUGGGGGAACAUCUUCGAAAAGCAUUUAUUUCCUUAUCAUCAAUAUUAAAUUUGUUGUAUCUCAAAUGAGAUCUUCAACUGGAAUAUCCAGAUAACUAGGCAAUGAUUAAAUCAUUAUUGUACAUACGUCUUCAUUAUGUUUUUCAGGUAGCCCUCUUACUUUUAUACAGUUUUCCCUCCCCCCAGAUCUAGAGAGAUAACAUCUAAUCAAACUUCCCUUUCUUCUUUUCAGUCAUCUUCUCCAGUUUCUCAAGCUUUUGUUUCAAAUGAUUCAGGCCUCUGGUAAAUAUUUCUAAAGGAUUUCCUAUAUCCUUCAAAUUAGAGUAAAACUCCCUUUUCAUUUCUUUAAAUGCUUCCACCGGUUCAGUGAUUUGGACCACUUCCUUGCAGAUUGGUCCACCAAUGUUCUUCCUCCUCCUCUGCUUGUCAUGACUGUGGUUUUAUCCAACUUUUUAAUGCUUUUUAAAAAAACACCCUGAUAUUUAGCAAUGCAACAACAAUUUUCAGCUAUUUGUUUUAAAGGAUGUAAUGAAUCCUUUUGCUUUUGAGGUGGCACUGUUUAACACAGUCCACUCCAAUUCUUGCUCAUAUCUGUCUCUGGAUUCCAGGAAGGGAGAGUAGAAUGUCCAAAGUUCACUUUAAGUUCACUUCCUCUCAGAAUGCCUUGUGAGAAGAUAUUAUGUUAUGGCUGUAUAUUAAGGUAAACAACAUUAACAUUUCUCUGUUUACUUUGAAUAAUUAAAAUCUAAUAGUCUUUUUCAGUUUUACUCCCUUCUUAACUGACUUAUUCACUUUUAAUUGGGGUUAUUCCACCCAUCUUCCCCAUGGAUUAUUAUUUAAAUUAUCACAAUUUUCCCACCAUGGGUUUACUGUAUUUCCUCUCAAUUCUUUUAUUCAUCAGUUACUCACAGAUUUUCUUCCCAUAGAAUCAGAUUCCAUUGGAAGUUGUGUUUUCCAUUGGUUAGGCAGCUCUUAAACACAGCACUUAGUUUCUCGCACUCUUUUGAAAAGGUCCGUUUUGGGGGGAAGGCUUUCUCUCGGUCCCACCACCAUCCCAGGCUCACUUGGUGAGGACACGAGAGAGAGAGAGAGAGAGAGAGAGAGAGCCUUCUCAGUGGCUGCUCUCACCCUCUGGCACUUCUUUCCACCGGAGGCUAGAUUGGCCCUCUCCCUGCUUGCCUUUUGACAGCAGGCCAAGACAUUUUUAUUUAAGCAAGCAUUUACAAUACAAGCAUGCCACAGGGAUUUUUAUAGUAAACAUAUGUAUUGAUUUUUAACUUAUAUUUUUAAUGUAAUUUUAUAUUGUUUAUAUUAUUAACGGUUUUAAAUUUUUAUUGUAAUGUUUUUAAACCUGUGAGCUACCUUGGGUCCCUUUGGGGAGAAAGGCGGCAUAUAAAUGAAAUAAAUAAAUAAGGAGCCAAUAGUGGUGGUUCUUCCUAUUCCAGGUCAUCUCUGUUACUCCAUGCCCCACUGGAUCUCUUUCCAGGCAGACACCUGGCGUAGGCAAUGGACUCCUGUGAGCUUGCCUCCAAGCCCUUGAUAGGUGAGGUACAAUUUCUGCCAUUCUGAAGGUAUUGGACUGGCAAUCUCUUCCACUGGUGGGUGUUGCCUCAGCGCUUCACCUCAUCCAGCAUGACUGCUAUUCUGACCAGAGCUCCCUGGGAUUUAUUUUUCUUAAAACAUAAUCAUCUAUGCAAGGCACAAUUCAGUGAUGUUGAACAAUGUUCCACUGUCUUUAGAAAGAAAAUGACUUGGAGAACCGGAGGAAUCUAUAAUUUUAUAUGCGGCUCUUUCAAAGAUGAAUGCGGUUUCCUUCCAUUUCAACAAUGCUUCACUUGCUUCAGUAAUAAACUGAAAUUAUUUUCAUUUCUUUCUGGUGCUGGCCAUGUGCCAUCAUACAUUCAUUCAUUUCUUUCUUUUUACAGUCAUUUCUAAAUGGUUGCUGUUAAAUUCCCUUGAUUUGACAGAAGAAUAUAAUGCUUUCCAAAAUGGAUACUUAAGCCAUGAUGCGGUUAAACUGAAACUCAUUCUCUCUCAUUUUUAAAUACACCUCUCUAAAUUGGGAAUUCAUUCUAGCAUAAAGCCACCACAUUUUCUUUCUCACAUGUUUGUUAAUGCUGACCAUGGUUAAGGAUGCUCCACAGUAAUGAUGUAUAAGAUGUAAACCUGCUUCUUAGCAAUUAAUUAUGUUUCAUUUUCUUUCCACAGUUAAGUUGAUUUCACAGACUUUAUCAGGCCUUCCAGGAAGAAACAGGUGGUUUUUGCUGUGGGUUGAAAUCAGAAUGGCUGUAGUCAUCCGUUUACAGGGGCUCCCUGUUGUUGCGGGUUCUUCAGAUAUUCGCCGUUUCUUCUCAGGAUUGAAUAUUCCUGAUGGAGGUGUACAUAUUAUUGGAGGAGAAAAGGGAGAAGCUUUUAUUAUAUUUGCAACAGAUGAAGAUGCACGACAAGCAAUGAGUUAUUCAGGAGGAUAUAUUAAAGAUUCACGUAUUGAGUUCUUUCUCAGCAGCAAGAUAGAAAUGCAGAACAUAAUAGAAAGCAAUAUGAAAAGAGUUGGUCACAGUGGAAGAGAAAGAGCUGCAUCUAGGUGGACAGGUUCUAGUAACUCUGCAGUUGGCAACCUUUCACAUUUAGGUGCACCCAUAAACAAAAGAAUUGGCAUAUCUACAUAUGAUUCUCUGGAUCCGUUACAGGACACAUUUCAUUCAAAUGGCUCUGAAAGCAGCAAUACAGAUCUUUCAAAAUCAAGCUAUCAACCCAGGGAAGAGAAAUUUAUGUCAGAAAAUUUGUACUUAUAUAUACAAGGUAUGCCUUACUCUGCAACAGAAGAUGACAUAAUCACUUUCUUUGCUGGUUUACAAGUGGAUGGGAUAAUUAUGUUCAAAACCAAUGGACGAAACAAUGGAUCUGGUGUGGUAAAAUUUGCUACGCCGAGUGAUGCCAUGAAAGGGUUGCAGCGUGAUAGAGAGUAUAUAGGUAACAGAUUCAUAGAAAUACGUCGCUCUCAAAAAGAAACAUGGGUUCAGAAUGGAGGAAGAGUAGAGGAAACGGAUCACCCUUUCAGUAAUGAACAGUUCGUUCAUGAGAUGGAUAAAAAAAGUUAUUUUUCAAGCAAAGAGUCUACAAGAAGAGACCUAGACUACUCAUCCUCAAGAAGGCGUACCCAUUCCAGAUCUUCAUCAAGAAUUAUGACACAUACUGGUUCAAAAUCGCCACCAAGGAGGACUGAGGCACAUACCAGUUCAAGAUCUCCGAGGAGGGUCACGGUACGGACCCGUUCAAGGUCACCUCCAAGUAGGGUUAUGAAACACAGGCAUUCGAAGUCACCUUCACAAAGGAUUGUGGCACAUACAAGAUCAAGGUCGCCUCCGAGGAGGGUCAUGGCACGCACCCAUUCAAGGUCUCCACCAAGGAGGGUUACAGCAAGCUCUCGUUCACCUUUAUCUGGUUCAACCCGUUCUCAUUCACCUCAUAACAAGGAGUAUUAUAUACAUGUAAAAAAUUUGCCACUUGGUAUUGGGAAAAGAGAUUUGAGAGCAUUCUUUGGAGGGUCAGAUAUACCUAGCAGUCAUAUUACAUUCCUGAAGUCAUAUGAUAAUAAAACAAACCAGGAAGCAGUUGUGAUGUUCAGAUCAAUGCGAGAGUACUGUUCUGCACUAGGGUAUCAUAAGCAUGAGCUUCAUGGACGACAAAUUUUGCUUUUUGCCAUUUCCAAAACAGCAGUGUCGCAGCUUGCUGGAUUUUCUGAAAGUAAAAGCUCCCCAGAAAGGGAUCACCAUGUCAAGGAGAAAAAUGACCGGGAUGGAUAUUGUGCCUCAUAUACAUGUGUAUAUGCAAGAAACUUUCAGUAUGAUGUGACAAAAGCUGAAGUCCAGAAGUUUUUUGCAGGGUUUGAUAUUUGUGAUAAUGAUAUUCAUUUGCUUUAUGAUGACAAGGGAAUUGGACUGGGAGAAGCGCUGGUCAAAUUCAGAAGUGACGAUGAAGCCCGGAAAGCUGAAAGCUUAAAUCACCGGCUUUUUUUGGGUACAGAGGUACUCCUGAGAUGUAUAUCUGAGAAACAAAUGCAGGAGUUUGGUAUUAAUAUUUCCUCAGUGUCAGAAGAAAAGGUGCAGGAUCAUCUGCAUGGAUAUGAAAGAGAUAAAAAUGUUUAUCCUGGAGAUUCACAAGAAAUGUCCAUCAAAGGGAACCUGAAUCAUGCAUCUGAUUAUAGACAUUCCUCUAAUGAUUUUGUUUCUUCAUAUGAUCAUUUGAGAGGUCCUGCCCCAUUUACAGAGCACCAAAGUGAAGGCAUCCGUGGGCAUUUUCCAGAUGGACGCUUUAUUCCAGUCUCUAAUUUCAGUUGUGGUCCAGAUCGCAUCACACUGAUUAAAUUACAAAAUAUACCACUUCAAGCAUCAGCUGUUGAAAUUUUGGACUUUUUCCAUGGUUACAAGAUUAUACCAGAAUCUCUUUCUAUUCAGCACAAUAAAUAUGGAAUGUCUUCUGGUGAAGCUGUUAUUGCCCUGGCAAAUUAUAAUGAGGCCAUGGCAGCUAUUAAUGAAUUGAAUGAUAGGCCAAUUGGUCCACACAAAGUUAGGUUAAGCCUGGUAUAGAUGAGAAGAUGCCUAUGAGGCAUGUUGGAAGAAAUUUACAUUUCUAAUGUAGAGAAAUGAGAUUCCCACAUAGAAAGAAGUAUACUGUUUGUAAAUAUUUUUGACUCAUUUUAAAAUAUAGGGCAUUUUUGGGUGGGGUUUAACCAAUGUUUUUUUAGGCAGCAUUGGAUCACCUUGGCAGUUUGUGAAAACAUGACUUUGCACGUACUUUGUUUUUUAUCCCAUAGCUGUAUGUAUACUUGUAACUUGUCUGUGUUUAUUCAAUACAGCUGUUCCUUCAGAUUGUGUUCUCCUGUAUAUAUUGACAAGAAGAUCCACAAGUUCCUUGGAUUCUGGUCCAUUGUUAUGUUCAGCAGUACUUGGAAUUCUUUUUUCAUGUCAGCUCAACUUUUCUUUUAAAAUAAAAAUACAUAAACUGAAAUUGUGUAGUUACUUGUGUAUGGCUUGUUCUUAUCAAUUGUCUGAAAUCUCAACAACUGUGGCUCCUUUUUGACACUGAAUUUAUUCCAUAUUUGCACUUGUGACACUUACAGAAUGUACCCUACAAAAGCGGAAAUGCAUUCGAAGAUAGCAUAAGAGGAUAAUUUUUUAUCCCAUGUAGUUAUUCUGUAGAAUUUAAGGGCCUAGAGUAGCAGAUGACCAGAAACAUGUUUCCAGAAUGUUGUUGCGUUGAGAAGCGAAUUGUUUUUAAAAAUUCAUGUGGAUGGAAUAAACUGUUAAAAAGAAAGGAUUUAUGGAGAUGGGAGUGCUAGGAGAGAAAUUUUACUAGUUUGUAAAAGUACAUAAAAGACUUGGGAGCUUUGUAAGGGAAUCUUAAUUUUAUUCCUAUAGAUUCAAUAUCACAAUAUCUUUGUAUUGUUAAGCACCUGAUUGAUCUGUAAUAAGAGUAGAUUGAACACGUCCUGCAUCAUCCUUCUCUGCCCAACAUGUCUGUUCAAAAUAGUGAUGUUUUACAGUGGUACCUCGGGAUACGAAAUACCCAGGUUACGAAAUUUUCGGGAUACGAAAAAAUCCCAUUGGAAAUCAUUGUUCC